UGUUUGCUAAGAAUAGUCCCAGCAGGUCACUAACCUAUUGAUGCCGGUCAUAUUCCUACGUGACUUUUGUUUUUUUAAUUUUUUUUUUGACUUAAAUCCUUCUUUGAUGUAAUUUAAAAAGAACUCCCCCUCCAAUUUUUUUUUCCCGUUACUUACGCUCUCGAUUUGUGGCAAAAAAAAAUCCCUGUUUUUAAUUCCUUUAAUUUUGCGAUGGCAUGUGGUAGGAUUCAAGGAGGUGGGUCUUCUUCUUCAUCUUCAAGCUCCAGGGGAUGGAUGUAUUCAACCACGAAAUGCAAUUGUGGAUUGGAUGCGGUUGUGCGCACAGUGAAGAAGGGCCCUAAUGUUGGUUCAAAAUUCUUCAGUUGUCCAAAAUGGCCUGAUACUGAAUGCAAUUUUUUGAAGUGGUUUGAUUGCAACAAUGGUGACGACUUGAGAUUUCAGAUUUUUGAAAGGGAAACAACAAUUACGGAAUUGGAGAUGCAAAAGAAUAUGUUAGAAGACAAAGUGAAGAGAUUGCAAGCAAAGAAGGGACACUUUGUGGAUGAAGUACAAGAGAUGAAAGCAGAAAUUAGCCAAUUAAGGAUUGAGCUUAUGAGAUCUUCAAGGAAUAAAUCCAAUUUAACAAUGACCCUGUUUUUCUCAAGGUUUUUUUUUGGCAUUGUGGUUUUCAUGAUGAAGUAGGGUUGUAACUUAGAAAUGAAUUAAGUGGUGUGAAGUUGUAAUCCAAGUAUCUUAGGAUUAAGUAGCAAUACUAGUGUUUUGGAAUUAGUACUUGUUGUUUUGGUAUGUAACUUGUGACGUUUUAUGCAAUGGAAAAUAAAAUUCUUCUUUCUAAAAUACAUGUGUAAAUUGAUUUAAAUUUAGUACAUUGCAACAA